CCUUAGCUCCCUACCACCACCACCCUCCCAGAGUCUGUGAUGAGGUUUUCCCUUCACCUCGUUACCGUCCCUAUACUUUUUGCGUCAUUCACCGGGGCAAAUAACACAGGUGGCUCAAAAUCUCAGUUUGUGACCACUCAGGAUGGUCGAUUCCACGUUAAUGGGAGCGAGUUCAAGUGGAUCGGUACAACAGCGUACUGGCUGCCCUCCUUGAAUACAGAGCAAGACAUCAAUGAUACUUUGACCAAUAUAGCUGCUGCUGGGAUCAAGGUGGUGAGAACGUGGGCCUUCAACGACGUCGAAACGAUUCCUACGAAUGGAACUUGGUUCCAAUUGGUUUCCAACGGGACUACGACUGUCAACACCGGUCCGAAUGGGUUGCAAAAACUGGACAUGGUCAUGAAGCAUGCGGAACGACUUGGACUUUACAUCAUGCUCUCUCUGACGAAUAACUGGAAUCCGCGUGAAAAGAUCGAUGGUCUUGCACAGUCUAUCCAGGGCCUUGAGAAUGACGUUCGAGCUAGGAAACUGUGGGACCGUGAUGUAACUCCUGGUACCAACAACUCGCUUCCUAGGAACUUCCUUAGUAAUGAUUAUGGUGGUAUGGAUGUAUAUGUGCGCCAGUUCGGCCUCAAGACGCACGACGAAUUCUUCACGAAUAAGACACUCAACGACAUUUUCAAGAAUUAUACGACGCAGAUCGUGUCACGUUAUAAAGACUCCCCUUCCGUCUUCUCCUGGGAACUAGCAAACGAUCCGAGAUGCAAUUCUAGCUUGAGCGCCUCUCCAGGAUGUGAAAGUCGAAACAUAACCCGGUGGCACGCAGACGUAGCUCAACAUGUUCGCUCGGUCGACCCCAACCACUUGGUUUCUUCUGGUAACCAAGGUUUCUUCUGUAUGGAAUGUCCGAAGCUUUUCGAUCUACCUCCACCUCCACCCCCACCUCAGACUUCACCCACACCUGAAUCGCGUAGAAGCAUUCCUGUUCCUCUCACCAAGGAGAAGCUCUUACAGGAACGACGAGAACGGUGGAAAAGGACCAGGGCUACUGCUAUCAAUGUAGGAAAGCUCAAGAGCGGAGGGAUGAAUAUUCGUGGCGGUCAAUGGAAAGCUACACCAACCAGAAGACAGGUUGACGCUGGAAUGGGCUCCGCAUUUGACGGCAGUCACGGUGUUGACAGUCAAGAUAUUCUAGCCAUCCCGGAGAUCGGUUUCAGCUCAUUCCAGCUUUUCCCCGAUCAGAACAGCUACGGAGUCGACGAUCCCAACCUUUCCCCAUUCGAUAAUGCGGUCCAGAAUGGUGUGGACUGGAUUAAUACGCAUGCAAGAGCUGCCCAGAUCUUGCAGAAACCCGUCGCUUUGACAGGAUUUGGUCUCGUUACCCAAGCCAACGCCCCGGCGUUCGUACCAUUCAACUCCUCCACAGCUCCCUUCAGCAACCAAGGAUCAGGGGGCACGCAAGAGUUCGGUGCCACGGAUCAGCAACGUAACGACGCAUACGACACUUGGAUGAACACCGGAAUAGACGCUGGUCUUGAGGGCAUCAUUCAAUAUCAGUGGGGACAAAGUGGACUGACCACUCAACCUGGCACUCCCAUCUCACCCAACAUCGAUGGCACUACCUCGAGCCCGAACGUCGACUCGGCCGGACAGUCUCCCAACGACGGUUACUCUAUCAAUGGCGUCGGUCAAAGCGGUGUUCAGGGUGUUAUUUCCGAUGCGGCGCAAGAGAUCGGAAAUGUACUUAUCGGUUGAAAAACGCCAUAAGUUUUUCAAAACGUAGUUCCAGUAUCUUCAACCAUGUUACGUUGGAGACUCCUGGUAUCUUUUAUUGACUCGGACAGUCGGACUUUUGAUUUUUGUUUGUGGUAUCAACUUAUGUAAUUACUCGUAAGUUAAGUAUCAUUACAGACGGACUAUUGAAUUUUUUUAGUUUUAUUUAUCAUAAAUGAACCAGAUCUGAGGACAAUGGAAUACGGAGGUCUACCUACAAUACAAUUACGAUACACUAUCAGCAUAUUUAAAUCAGAAGUCGUGGGUAUUGAUAUCAAAUUGGC